ACCCGCCGGCGCGCAGCGGUCGCAGGACGUUACAAAUUUAAAUUUCAAAAAUUCCGAACUUUCAUCGAAUACAUUUAAAAUUGUGUGACUUUUCACCUUUGCCUUAUAGACGUUAAAACCGCCAAGUGUAAAGUGUCACAAGUGCGAAAACCCAAGUUUUUGACAAUCCGUGAUUUAAAUAUUUCUUGAAAAUGUGUUAUGUAGUAAAGUUUAUGUGACAAGUUGCGGUUAAAGUUCACUCGCGCUCACCUCUGUGGAUGUGUUGGAUAUUUGCAAGAAUUUAAAAAUUUUACUUGGUGCUAUAAUUUUUUCACAAGUCAGUGAUUAGUGAUGCACAGUAAAAACAAUUGAACAAACGUUUGAACAUUUAACUAGCUUAAUUGAUACACGGACAGAAAUGUACCCACCGCCAGUGAUGUGACAAGUGAAGGAUGCGCCGCGUCAAGUCGACGCUGUGGACUUUAGACUAGUGCUGUGCAGUGACUAAAAUCAAUCGAUUUAGGGACACGGAUGAACACCCUCAUGCUGACCACCUCAGGCACGGUGGAAGAUCAACCUUGUUUAGACAACAACAUGUCUUUUACAUCUUAUAAUAUGAUGGAUUCUGGAGGAGCAGGGAUAGCGGAGUCACCCCCCACAUACCACCGAAGCUACGAACAAUACGUUCAAGGAGGUGUUGAGAACAGUACAGACUCCGUUCAAGAACAAACCAGCCCAGAACUUGUAGUCUGGUCGACUCUACCUUACGGCAUAGACUAUAGAGCUCAAUAUGACUACCGAAGUCCUUAUGACACGGCAAGGGAUUAUGGUUCUCAGCAGUUUGCUAGAGCGCCUUUUACUACGAAGAUGGGACAAGCGAAAGCUUUGAAGGAAGCCAGGAUACGAAGACCCAUGAAUGCGUUUAUGGUGUGGGCGAAAGUGGAGCGAAAGAAGCUGGCUGAUGAAAAUCCGGAUCUACAUAAUGCAGAUUUGAGUAAAAUGCUAGGUAAAAAAUGGAGGUCACUGACCCCGCAAGAUCGUCGGCCAUACGUGGAAGAAGCUGAGCGUCUUCGGGUCCUGCACAUGACUGAACAUCCCAACUAUAAAUACCGACCUCGGCGACGAAAGCAAACGAAGACUAGGCCCAACCAACCAACAACACCGUCCAGUGCCCCCCCGGCAUCAGCUGCUUUAGGGUCUCCAUAUGCAGCCGCUACUGAUUCCCCGGACAGAUUCUCUCAUAACCCAGGAGCUGGCUUCUCGCCCUAUAGAACUUCUCCACUAGCAUCUGAUUCUUACCAAUCAAAUCAAUUUAACGGCCACGUUCAAACUCCUGAGUCCUCUCCGGCUAGAUCUCCUGAACCACAGGGAAGGAGAAGUGCUCCAGCUGAAGCCCCUCUUCCGACCCCAGACGCUUCUCCUGUAGAAAACGAAAAGGAAAAUUUUCAGUAUGAAGAACGACGAAGAGCGAUCAAUCCUUCGUCCCUUUCCGACUCAUAUUCUCCGUACAAGCCUUACCGGACCUCAGGAUCGUACUCUCCAGCUCCAGUCGCUGCCAUGGGCAUGGCCAAUGGAAUGUACGUCAUGUGCACACAGAGGACAUUGACUGAACAACCUCCGCUAGUAACCGGGACGUUCUUUCCACCUGUAGCCACAUCUCAGGAUCAGCAAACUCUGGGAACCAGUACACCUAGAGUUUCAUCAGCACCUAGUGGACCAAUGACUUCUGAAUAUAGCAUUCAGUAUCAUCCGUAUGAACAAUAUGAGCAAAUGUAUAAAACUGAGGAGCCGUACGUGCCUCAUUAUCCAGAACAGCCUAAGACGGAGUACGAUACUGGUGGAAACUACUUUUCUGAAGAACCCCCGGCAAAUGCUCCACAAGAACAAGAGCAGUUCAUGAACCCUCGUCCUGAAAUGAGGACAGCGUCUCCGGAAUCCGAUGUUGACGCUCGUGAGUUUGACAAAUAUUUGGAUUAUGGCGCUGAUGGCGCUCAGAUCGAUCAUCAGCAACAGCAGUACCGAUAUGAUCAGCAGUACCGGGGCCAAUAUUGUCCUGAGCAAGCUCCUCCUGGCCAGGAAUACUGCGACAGGAUGUACCCUUCGCCGUACACAUCCGUGAUUGCAGGAACUCCACCUGCAAAUUACACUCCCGCGCCUCCAGGACCCGACGCGAGACCUGAGGACGAGUUUAGCGUGAUCUUGGCUGGAGUGAGGCAGACCUGCUAUAGCAACUGAUAGAUGACUGGCAUAGACAAUAAGAUGACAGUACUGUAACUGUAAUGAUGCAUGAUGGUGCUUCAAGUUUUAAACUUGAUAGUAUGUGGUGCUAUAUAAUAUGUGGAAUAACCUAUUCAAUUAAAUUAAUAACAACGGAGCACAAUUACUUCCCAGUACGAAGUGAAUAAAUGGGCCCUCAGACGCGCAAUAACAAAUAUCGUUGCAUAUCGUGUCGUGGUCAGCGACUCUUGUGGGGUUGCUCUAUAAGCACGUUAUUUACUGCAGAAGCACUAUUAUGAUCAUCAAUCUACUUAUAAGGACUUCUGAAUAAAGCCCAAAGAAGAGAACACCCUAAACAAUUUUGCGGUGUAAUUAAGGGCUAUCGACAACAUAGGCCGAAAUGCCUUGUUUUGUACCUCUACCACGUGUUGCAGUGUAAAAGACGCAAGCGAUCAUGACAUGAAUUCUUUAAAUGGCAAUUUAUUCAACGCUCAUUAAUGAUCACAAGUAAAACAAAAAUGUCUCAUAUACUCCCUCGGUCGAUCGCUUCGAUACUGUAGACUCAUGGUACAGGUAGUACUGAUCUGGGAUAGGCCUCGAAGUCAGGCAUUAACUCUAAUAAAUAUCAUAUACUAUGGUUAAAUACUGACAAAUCAAUAUUGGACGUAAUGUUAACGAACUCAUUGCUUUCAACUGUUGAUGUUGAAAAGCUGCUACUAAUACUAAUUUGUCAGUCUUUGCUACAUAUUUUAUCUUUUUAUUUGUGUUUAUAAAGAAAAGAAUAUAAACUAACUUAUUUUUCAUCAGUAUAUUACGGUAGUCUACUUACAGUUAGUAAAAAAUGAGCAAUCUAAUUAGUUUUUUUCGCUUGACAAUGAUUAUGACUAAAUUUUUACGCCACAUAAUAUAUACUAUGCGAAAACGACUUGCAUCGUGUAAAGACGCUCUCAUUUUUGCACGCACCUUCUUUUCUUUAUAAAAUGCACGUAAAAAUGGUGAAAAUUAACCAAUUAACAAUUCUUGGAUAAGUUUAAAAAGCAUUCCUUUGCAAUAAUAUAAAGAAGGCACAUAUUACAUAGCGUUUAUCCGGUAUCAUAAUCUUCUUUAUUGCAAUUUAAGAAGUGUUUAGAGCUUAACGAACGACUGGCAAGAAAAUAAGAUAGCAUUUGAAUAGUUACGUACACGGAUACAGACGAUUUAGGACAUAAAAAAUACACACACAAAUUAAGUAGCAUGCAAAUUGACAUGCACUCUGAAACACUCAAACAAACUGCUAUAAGUACGC